AUUGUGGCAAAUGUUCUCAUUCGCGUUAUUUAUCACUGAUUGAUGCGGGUUUGUUUUUGCCAACUGAUUGUAUCACGAGUGAAUCUCAAUUAAUUGCAAAAGUACGUCGUCAUAGAUUUACUUCACACAGGACGCAGUUGGCCUUGUUCAUAUAAGCUACUUAUAUUUAGUAGACGUGAGUGACUUUAUGGAUACUUCAUGGUGAUUGAACGCAGUGGGAUACCAGAUACAAACAUGAAGGUGAAUGGACAUGUACGUUGCUGUCUCCAUAUCACACUCGUAUGGCUUGUCGUGUCAGUAUGCACCAUUGAGUCACAAGGACUGCCAAAGACAACCCCUAGAAAGACAAGCUGCAACCCAGAGCGCAACCCUUGGACGCGAACACGGAGUUAUGCGGUCUGCUCUGCGUCUUCCUUGGCCGAUAGUAUCUCUACCCUUAGAACACUUGAUGACGAAAUUGAGGAAGUCAAAAUAACAUGUACCUGCUUGGAUUAUGGUGUCUCAAAAUGCGCUCCUGAAAACCUGACUGAACAUUCCUUUCCGUAUGUUUCAAAUAUGACAGGGCUUACAAUAAGCAACUGUAAUAUUGUUGAUAUUGUUCCGGGGGCUUUUAGGUCUCUUCCCAACUUGCUGAAGCUCACGCUCGACCAAGCUAACAUCGCGGUUCUUCCCAAACAAGCAUUCCGUGGACUUGGAAAUCUAAGGACACUGGGACUGGUCGCAAGCGGAAUUGAAUCUAUCACGCCAGGCGCUUUCGCCGGACUUCCUAACCUCUCGGAGCUUUCGAUCAAGUCAAACAACUUUUCGGUAUUAAUGAAAAAAACCUUUGAAGGACUGAGCAAUUUGACAUAUCUUGGUCUUAGCAAUAAUCACAUCGAAACAGUAAAGCGAGGUGCAUUCCAAGGCUUAGAUAAUCUUACGCGCCUUUGGCUGCAGGGAACUAAUAUGAAGGUCUUAACGGAGAGAUCGUUUGAAGGACUUGGAAAUCUUGAUGCACUAAACUUGGUUGAGUGUGGGAUUGAAUAUAUCACUCCAGGCACCUUCAUCGGACUUGUUAAACUCCAAAAACUUUUGAUUAAUUCAAACAACAUUACAGUGUUAGCGAAGGGAACAUUUAAAGGACUUGGAAAUCUAAAGGAACUUUUUCCGUACAAUAAUCGCAUCGCAUCACUAAAACGAGGUGCAUUCAUAGGUCUAGAUAAGCUCAGGAACCUUUCGAUGCCAGGGAAUAAUGUGAAGGUCCUAACGGUAGGUUCGUUUGAAGGACUUAAAAGUCUCACCAAACUCACCUUAGAUAACAAUACGAUUGAAUCGAUCACCCCAGGUGCCUUUAUCGGACUUGCUAACCUUCAACUGCUUACAAUCAAUGAUAACAACAUGACAGUGUUGACGAAUGGAACAUUUGACGGACUAGGUAAUCUGAAACAUCUUCAUCUUUUCAAUACUUCCAUAACAACACUAAGGCAAGGUGCAUUCUUAGGCCUAGGUAAUGUCACAUCCAUUUCACUGAUAAAGAAUAAGCUGAAGGUUUUACCGAAAUGGUCAUUUGUAGGUGUCGACAACCUCAAGCUUCUUGACCUCAGCAUAAACAACAUCCGAGCGAUGGAGAAUGGGACAUUUCAUGGUCUUGGGAAUGUAUUAGAUUUAGUUCUCCGUAGCAACGAAAUCAAUGGUCUAACGAAGGGUACAUUUGAGGGUCUUUAUAACUUAGAAAGUCUUUACCUCAACUGGAACAAGAUCUCAGAACUGAGGCCGGGUGUAUUCAUAGGCGGCCUAAGGAAGCUGAAGAACCUUCGGAUGAGUUAUAAUGCGCUGAACGUCUUAGUGGAAGGUUCGUUUGACGGGUUAGACAACCUUAGAUUUCUUGAUGUCAGCAAGUGUAACAUCAAGAUGAUAGAGAAGAGUUCAUUCCGUGGACUUGGGAAGCUGUCAAAGUUAUACAUGGGUGCAAACAAAAUCACGACACUUACGGAGGGUACAUUUAAGGGGAUACCUAAUUUAGAAAAUCUUGUGCUCGAGCAGAACAACAUUACAGCAAUAAGGCAAGGUGUAUUCAUGGGCCUUGCUAAUCUCAUAAGCCUUACGAUGGAAUCCAAUUCCAUAAAUGUCCUACCGGAAGGUUUGUUUGAUGGUCUCCAUAAUCUAAGAUGGCUUAAACUCAGCGAAAACGACAUCCAGGUAAUAGAGAAAGGGUCAUUCCGCGAUCUUGGGAUGGUGGCAGAGUUAUAUUUGAACGGUAACCAAAUCACAAGUCUCGCGGAGGGUUCGUUUGUUGGCCUUAGCAGCCUCAUAAGUCUUGACCUCCGCAAGAGCAACGUCCGUACAAUCGAGAAGGGGACAUUCCUAGGUCUUGGAAAGCUAUUGCAAUUAUAUAUGAAGGGAAAUAAAAUCACAGUUCUCGUAGAGAAUUCGUUUGUUGGCCUAGAUAACCUUGAAAGUCUUGACCUCAGCAAAAACAACGUCCAAGCAAUUGAGGUGGGGACAUUCCGAGGUCUUGGAAAGCUAAAACGUUUAUAUCUGUGGUGGAAUAAAAUCAAAGUUCUCGCAGAGGGUAUGUUUCUUGGCAUUGGCAACCUUCGAAGCCGUUCCCUGGAAGAGAACAAUAUCCGGGUCAUAGAGAAAGGGGCAUUCCGAGGUCUUCGAAAGCUGCCAUAUUUAGAUUUGUCCAAAAACAAGAUAACAUCACUGACAAAGGAUACAAUUGAGGGGGGUUUUCACAAUGAUUCACUCAGCUUCCGCUUAAAAAACAUUACCCUUUUCAAGACUUCCAUAACAUCACUAAGGCAAGGUGCAUUCUCAGGCCUAGGUAAUGUCAUAUCCAUUUCACUGACAAAGAAUAAGCUGAAGGUCUUACCGAAAUGGUCUUUUGUAGGUCUCCACAAACUCAAGCUUCUUGACCUCCGCAUAAACAACAUCCGAGCGAUGGAGAAUGGGACAUUUCAUGGUCUUGGGAAUGUAUUAGAUUUAGUUCUCAAUAGCAACAAAAUCAAUGGUCUAACGAAGGGUACAUUUGAGGGUCUUUAUAACUUAGAAAGGCUUUACCUCAACUCGAACAAGAUCUCAGAACUGAGGCCGGGUGUAUUCAUAGGCGGCCUAAGGAAGCUACAGGGCCUUCUGAUGAAGAAUAAUGCGCUGAACGUCUUAGUGGAAGGUUCGUUUGACGGGUUAGACAACCUUAGACAUCUUGAUGUCAGGAAGUGCAACAUCAAGAUGAUAGAGAAGGGUUCAUUCCGUGGACUUGGGAAGCUGUCAAAGUUAUACAUGGGUGAAAACAAAAUCACGACACUUACGGAGGGUACAUUUAAGGGGAUACCUAAUUUAGAAAAUCUUUUGCUCCAGCAGAACAACAUUACAGCAAUGAGGCAAGGUGUAUUCAUAGGCCUAGCUAAUCUCAUAAGCCUUACGAUGGAAUCCAAUUCCAUAAAUAUCCUACGGGAAGGUUUGUUUGAUGGUCUCCAUAAUCUAAGAUGGCUUAAACUCAGCGAAAACGACAUCCAGAUAAUAGAGAAAGGGUCAUUCCGCGAUCUUGGGAUGGUGGCAAAGUUAUAUUUGAACGGUAACCAAAUCACAAGUCUCGCGGAGGGUUCGUUUGUUGGUCUUAGCACUCUCAAAAUUCUUGACCUCCGCGAGAGCAACGUCCGUACAAUCGAAAAGGGGACAUUCCUAGGUCUUCGAAAGCUAAAAUAUUUAUAUCUGAAGGGAAAUCAAAUCACAGUUCUCGCAGAGGAUAUGUUUGUUGGCAUUGGCAACCUUCAACACCUUGACCUGACAGAGAGCAACAUCCGGGUCAUAGAGAAAGGGGCAUUCCGAGGUCUUAGAAAGCUGCCACGCUUAGAUUUGACCAGAAACAAGAUAACAUCACUGACAAAGGAUACAUUUAAGGGGCUGUUUAACUUAAAUUCACUCAUUCUCCGCUUGAAUAACAUUACAGAACUAAGGCAAGGUACAUUCAGGGGACUCGCGGCCCUCAAAUUUCUUUACCUCGACAAUAACAGGAUCACGGCUGUUGCGGAAGAUGCGUUUUGGGGAUUGACUGAAGUGAACGAUAUUGACAUCUCUUCGAAUAAAAUUGCCACUCUGGCAAGUGAAACGUUCACAAGACUAGAUAAUCUUGAAAACGUCAUAUUGUUAGAGAAUCCUUUCCACUGCAACUGUGCUUUACAAGGAAUAACUUCAUGGUUUCGCGCAAACAGAGAUCUGAUGGUACACGCCAGUCGCUUGAAGUGUGCCGCACCGUCUGAGAUGCUGGGAAAGAAAGUACUGAAGUUUCAUCCGUCUGUGUUUGGAUGCAGUCCACGGACAGUGUCACCACAGUCGGUACCAAGGGCAACAGAGCAGCAGCCUGCAAAAGAAUCGCCCUCGCUGCAAAUUUACAAAACAAGGAGUUCACCAUUUACGCCAAGUAGCUCGAUUAUUCCACCUGACAGCAUCACGCAAUAUGUCUACUAUGCAGCCAUUGCUGUUUCUUCAGUUGUCAUAUUUUCCGUCUUCGUCGCUUUGGCGAUCCUAAUUCGGGGAUGCAAGGGAAAACAGUUAACAUCGGGUGCUGGUGCCAGAACAUCUGAAUCCGUUUGGAAAAUCUGAUAAGGAAAAUUGCUCCUCCAGGGCUCCUGUGCGAAAACUACUCGGCCGAUAUCUUCCAAGCUUGAAGUUUCUUGUAUCUUAUUUCGGGACCCAAGAUCGAGAAUUUUUACAUGUUAGAAACCAUGGUUACGAACUAAUUUUUUGUAUGUUUUCAUUUAGUACUUUCACGUAGUGCAUUGAUUUUGACAUUUUCUCCUCUGUACUGCUUAUUUCUGGAUGAUGUAUGAUGAAAGCUUAAGAUCUUUAUUCAUGUACAUGUAUACAAUCAUGUAUCUCCGAAUUGGAAAAAAUCAGCCCCGUUUUCACGCAGCAGCCCAUUUACCCCAAGGACACUACACUGCCGCAGUUUUCUUGUUUCGGCCCGACCUUAUAAUAGUACUAUACUGUUACAAUAACUUUAGAUCAUGCAUUCUGUGUUCUGUAAUGUACACACAUCAUGCACAUGGUAAUCCAUUUCAUUUUAUCAUUUUACGACAUGUUGUACUUGCUUCAUCGAGAAAUAGCAUUCCGCGAAUAUGACGUCACUGCAGCUGCUGCCCUCUAUUUCCCCAUCGCUGAAUUACAGGCAAUGUCGGACAAAAUGCGAUUUCGUAAUGGAUUCAGUCUUUCUAACUUGGGCAGUUAGAUUCAAUCUGGCACAUGUCCGAGUGUUGGAAAUACUACAUAAUUGUUCUGAAUAUUUCUCUCUCUGACUCUAUGGUAUCAUUCAUGCUAAAAACAAUGCAGGGUCAAAGAUAAUUUACUUUGGAAUAAGCUCAAAUGCGUAGAAACAAGUGUCGAUGUCCGCCUGUCACGUGACUAAAACGUCAUCAAUAUCUUAUGUAAAUGAUCUUGUGAGCUAUAAAUAGUAACUUCGCGGCAUGCUAUUGCUUGAACAGGAUGAAAAUCUAUCAAAACCAUCAUUAUCACCGUGUUUGUACAAUGUAUUUACUGCAUAUGUAUUUGUCUUAUUUCUCUUGUUAGCUGCUGACCAUAUUUUUAGUUUAUUAUCUUCUGUAUCUCAAGUUAAGGGCCAAUAAUACUCUGCUUCGGCCCUUUUCUUGGUCAAUAAAGAUGCUAAACCUUAUUCAAUAAUGUUAUCUGGUGUAUGUUUAAUUUGUCGCUGGCUAAGAUGAAUCGGGAUGAAUUAUGACAAAGGCCUACCUCUUGCCUGCUCCGACAUACCCCAUACAAACAUGCAGACGGCCGCUUGUUGCUACUAUUGGCUUGCAACUCCUGUUCUAAUUUUCAAAUCGUUGCUGACGCAUCCGUGGUAUUCCCUGCGUUAUAGAUGCUGACCAUCGCACCAAAUAUCCUGGUCUUGGGUCGGCCAAACGAACUCCAAGCAUCCCAAAGUCACGUUCUUGAUAUGUUCUACUUACAAAAUGACGGGCAUCAAGCCGUAAGCGCUCACGGGACAAUAUAGCGCGAUAGAGGCACCAGAUGCUGUCACUCUUUAGUGAUGACAAUGUUUAAAGAGUUUGGUUGUGUAUGCCUAAACGCAAUGACCCAACGCGCCGCGUAGCGGCAAAAUAGCGAAGCUGGCGAAAUAUUAAUAAUGGGUCACCGUGAUAUCAUUAUGGACUUAUAGCGCGAUUAUGGGGUUGUAACUAUUUUGCUGUAUAAUUGUCACGAGGAAAGAAAAGCACGCGACCUAACGCCAACCUAUUUAUGUAAAGUUAU